UUUACUUCAUAUAGGCUACUCGAGCAGUUGAGAGAGAGAUAUAUAAUGUAUGUUUGUGUGGUGUUCACCUGUGAUAACAUUGUUAGCUUCAUCCUGUAAUGAUUGAAUCUAGAGGACUGCAAGAGCUAUCAUUGUGUAUUCAAGAUCAAAUGAAAAUAUAUAGCAGAGGAAUUUUAAGUCUAUCUUCCCUUGGCUUGAAAUGGACUUUUCUGAUCAGCUGCAACUUUAGUGUGUCAGAUCAAUAACCAGCAGAGUGGAUUGUUCCAAGAUGGAGUUGAGUGGAUGGAAGGAUUGUCGGUGGAAAGAAAAUCAUGCAUUAUCCCUUAUUCCACCAGUAUGGGAGACGUUUCAAACUAUUUAUCGGGAGGUGGCCAGUUUUGUCAGCAAAUUUCCAUUCAAAAGACGUCUUGUAGUGUUUUUUGUUUUCCGUGGAAAUGAGAUAAAAGUUGAUUUGGGGGAUGUUAAAGCUGCUGGUAUAGUAUGUGCUUUAGGUAUAGGAUUUAGCGUAGGUACAUUCCUUAUCUAUAAGCUCUACUCAAAUUAUAUCCGUCCAGCUUUAAACAAACCAUCGCCACCUCCAGAGAAGAUUGACACAACUUCUGAAGAUGAAGACUGCUACAUUUUUGUGGGUUCCACUGACAGUUCAACAGGCUUUAAGAUGGGCAAUUCCAGCUCAUCGGAAAACAAUGAACCACCAGUACACUACAGCGCACAAUAUGGAGUGGCAUUUGGAACAGAUUAUCGCAAAAAGAAAGAGACUGUUACUGAAGGGGUCCGUCUGCGUUCAAAACGACGUAACCGACAGCCAUCCGUUCAGUCAGACAAAGAUUCAGCGAUAGGUGUUUCAUCAGAAUUGGGUCAAUCAUUCUACAGUGAUGCAGGAUUUAACCGCGACUCCUUCUAUUCUACAUGCACCACAGAAAGUGGCUUCGAAAAUAUGCAAGAAUCUUACGACGAAUCAACAUGUGAGGGUUGUUCACGGAGCAGAGUGUCAUCUUUAAAAGGAACAUACAGUCCCCGAAGUUAUAACGAUCGUCAUGGUAAAUACAUACAUGAACAUAUCGAUAUACCCCAACCCCCCACCACGUCUUCUCAAUCUGUAAAUAAUAAAACUAGUGUAUUAUCAUGUACAAUAGACGAAGAAAACUCUCCUUCACACUCCAACUCUCUACCUCGAACUGUUAUAGAAGCAGAGAGUUCACCUAGUUCUCUUCCUUCAGAAUCUGAUACAAACUGGGAUAAACUUGAUGAUAAAAACACGCUGCAUUUAGACUAUGAUCCUUCUUUAGACCAAUCUGAAUCGUUAAGCAAAUUUAGUGGUUGUGCAAGUAGUUUAGACUCUAGUAGUUGGGAUGGAGAUGAUAAAAAUUCUCCGCUUCCCAGAAAACACGGACCAUCAGAUACACAAUUUCGACAAUCUUUAAUGAACAGGUUAAAAGAAUGGUCCAAUCGCUCUUUUGAUUUUGUUUCACGUUCUCCUACACCUGAAGUUGAGUUUCCGGAAGGUUUAAUGAGACGAAGUAGGUCUUUAGACCGGCAGAUGUCACUUAUGACGACUCCAGAAAGUGCUUUAUUUGAAAACGAAACAUUGGGAGGAAAAACAACUGAAAAUUUGGAACACAUUGAAGAUGAACUUCAUGGUAUUCAGGAUGAGUUUGAAGAAAUCACCUCUCAAAUAAAUGCUUUAAUUAAUCGUAGCAAUAGUCAGGAGGGCAUUACAGAAUCAGAUGGACCUAUAACAUUCAGAGCUCAGAGCCCUGUAGCUGAACAAGCUUGUUAUUUAGUUGAUAAAGUGCGACAACAUUUCGAACACUCAAAUAGUCUUCCAUUAACUGAUUCUGUUAGUAGUUCACGAGCCAGUAGUGUAGAACUUUCUUGGGAUUUAGAUGUGGAUGAUGAUAUGGUGAAACCUCGACAUCGGCGUUUACUGCAAACAGCCAAUAAUUCCGCAGAAAAUUCUGAGUCUAGUAGUGGUGAACAUAGUGAGAAGAACUCUCCCUAUAGAAAGGCCAGACAUUCACCUAGAAGAAUUCUUGUUUCUGAUGGAGCAUCUUCUAAAACAGGAGACAAUUCUGAAGUGUUUUUGGAUAGUAUUGAUGAAUCUGCUGAAUCUCAACCAAAACCUGCUACUAAAAUUAACAAAAAGAUGAAUAUAGGUGAAGCUUUAGAUUUAGAAGAAUAUGCUGAUAAAGAAUGGAAGGGUGAUACAGAUAGAGCUAAAACAAUAAAACAGGGUUAUAAAGAAGUUAUAAAGACGAUGAAGUGUAAACAUUUACGACAAAUCAGGGGAGAUAACUAUUGUGCUAUACGAGGCGCUUUAUAUCAAAUGUUAACUACAGGUAGUGCUAGCAUGGAACAAUGGCCUAGUGUAAUGAAUAUUAUAGACAAAUUAAAAGAACUUUAUGAAGAUCCUACCACUGGACUUGCUAACUGGACAUUUGGUAAUCGGUUUCCAGUUGAUACUGAUAAAUUAUCAAUGAUAUGCAAAUGUGUCUUGACCCUCUACUCCACAGUCGAAUUAGUCAAUAAAAUUGAUUCUUAUGAUGAAAAAGUGAAACAAACUUUAAACUCGCUGAAUUCUCAUCCUGAUACUGAUGUUGAACUGAUGGAAGGUGUUAAACUGUUGAUGUUGGUUAAAGCAGUAGAGUUAUUUAAAGACAAUCAAAAAGGAAAAGAUCUUCCUAUAUUUGCGUGUUUAAUGUUUGCUAGAGAUACAUCGGAAACACUUAGCAGUUUUGUAGCCAAUCAUCUAAACCCUGUUGGUGAUAGUGGAGGAUUAGAACAGGUUGAAAUGUGUUUAUUGGGUCAGACAAUAGGAACAGUGAUAUCUGUUGCCCGUCUGGCACAGUUUGGAGCAGAAGACUUUUUAUGUAAAUUUCCCGAUGAUUCACCAUCUGAUUGGUCAAUAAUAUCUUUAAUAGCAGAAGAUGACAGACAUUACAAUGUGCCUAUCCCCUAAUUUAAUAGUGAUAAUAUUUAUAAACAUUAGUUGUACAUAUAUAUUAGGUGAUUUUUUUAUAUGUACAGUAUUUUUACCAUGUAAUAAUAUGUAAUUGUUGUUGGAAAUCAAGGGAAAACCUAAAAUAAAUCAGAUAGACAAUUGAUCCAUGAUAAUAAUAUGCAUUAAUAAAAGUUAUAUUGUUAUUUAUACUCAACUAACAUACAGGAUAUAUAUAUUUUAUGACACUUUAUUUGACAUUUCAUCCAUCUUUCAUUUCAUUAUUCAAAUCGGAUCAUAUGGCAUAAACUAGCCAAUAUUAUUUCUUUGUGAAAAUUUUUGGAGGCUAUCAAAAUAUGUAAUAACUGGUAAAAAGCUGUUGAUGAGAUUUUGAAUUAUUUAUUACAUUGUGAUGCAAUUAACUUUUUCGUACUGUUCAGUUUUCUGGACAUUUCGCUCCUUAUUGGAUUUUAACAAUUAAGGGAUUUGAUAGUUUAAAUUUUUUUAUAAAAAUCUUUUUAAUGAACAUUUUACAGUCCGAAAUGAUUUGCAAAAUGAUUUGGAAAAAGCAUUUAUAAAAUAAUACACUGCACACCUUUAGUAAUUGUAUGAACAAAACGCUCUUCAUGACCCAGUAAUUAAUAGUUAACUUAAAGAAACCCACUUGAAAACCUUUAGAAUUAUUUUUUUUUUUAGAGCUGCUGAUCGUCAUUUGAAUUUUUCAGACUAUCUAAUUUUUCACUGGUGCUUUAAUGUAUUCAAAUUGAUUAUUUAACAUUUAAUUAACAAAACACAAUCAAAAUAAUAUCAUUUUAACCAGAGUUACAUCAAUUUAAUUUGGCAAAGAUUGCAUGUGGCGCUAGCUAAUUUUGAUCACAUGCUGUAUGGUCUAUAGAAGGUGCUGCAUGUUGAAAAAUUUCAAUGAACCCUAUCAUUGUAAAUAGUAAAAAGAAAUGAACCAUUUUUGGACUAUUCCUUUUAAAUGUUCACAAUACGGAAGGCCUAAUCUUGAAGGAAUUAAAAAUCACUCAAAUGACGAUCAGGGACUAACAAAUAAAUCUAUAUAUAAAAAUAAUAAUGGUUCCUGUAAUUGUGAAAUGUGCCGUUUGAAUGGCUGUUCCACAUAUUUUGUGAAAGUACCAUUUUAAGAUUUUUUUUAUUAGUGUAAUUUUCGUUUUACCUUGCACUUUCGUUAUCCCAAUGCAAUUUUUUGUUUAAUUUUAUUAAAUUUGUUUUGUUGGCAAGGUUUGUCAUGAAGGGCAAAUAUUGUUUUGGUUUCAUUUCACCCAUUUUUAUUCUGUUUUUCAUGUAAAUAGUCUACUUCAAUUAUUAAACUUUAUUUUCAUAUUUGUAGAUAACGGGAGAUAUUUUAUUUUAGGUAUUUUAUUUAUUUUUGUCAUUUCCAGUUUAUCUUUUCUUCUUUUUUUUUUAAAUUAUUUAAAAACCAUGUAGAUAUGCAAAUAUAUAGAUUAUGAUUUGUAAAUAUCUUUUAUAUGUAGUGAGAAACUAGAUUAUUUAUUUCCAUUUUUAAUCAGAAUGAAUAGUUUUGGCACUUCAUUCUGCCAUCAAACAAUGAUUCACUAGCAAAUUAGAACCCAGAAUUGUUUAUUGACAGGAUGGGUGGUGUCAGAGUAUAUAGUUUAAUGUUUAAUUCCCAGCUCAGUCUAUUUUGGGGGGCAAAUGGUUUUUUUUAUGUCAAAUUUUCAUGUAGCUGGUGGCUUUAUGAAUUCUUUGAUAUCAACAUUCUUUAUAGGGUAGUAAAGUUUCAAAGAGAAGAAUUUUCCCUUGAUUUCUCAUGACAUGCAUCAUUUUUGAUGUGGGCAUUAUGAUAGAUAACAUGUAGUAAACCAAAUAUUACAGUAGUAAUAAUCACUUGUACAUUAGGGACCAUAAAUUAUUAUAACAUACAGAUAGUAUUAUACUUAAUGAUCAUGUCAGUUGGUGCUGUUAAUAAUUUAGAUAAUAGUUAAUAUUUAGCCAUGGGUAAAAGUGCCAUAUAUUUCAUUUAUUUAAGAUUCUAGUUUUACAGUAAGUUUCAUUCGUUAGUGGUUACUUCUUGCUGUGCAAUAGAAUGUAUGAUAUUAUGUUCAACUGUAUUGAGAACGGUGAAGUAUUCACUAAAUGUUUAUCUAUGCACUUUGUAGUGAUAUAAAUAACACAGUACAUAAUAAACAAUUCAGCCGUACUAAUUUAUUUGUAGCAGCGCCAAAUACAAUUAUUGUAAUCCGACAUCCAUUUGUUUACAGUCGAACAAUAAAAAUUACAGUUCUAUUGUUAAUUUAUUGUAAUCAAAUUUUUUUUUUCUUAUUAGCAAAUGAAUUUAGGCCCUUGAUAUUGUGUUUUUCGGCAAGGUAGGCUCAAGUAGUUUGAAUUUAGAUUAGUAGGCAUUUGGAUGUAGGUUGCUUGUAAAUUGUAAUAUAUAUAUAUUAAUACAAUAUAGACUGUUAUACUGUAUUUCCGCAAUGAAUUCGGUGUACAUAGGCUUUAGGGAAUGAAAUAAGUCAAUACCAUUUAAAGUUAAAUUUCAAUUCAUUGAAGUAGUCAUACAAAAUGGUAAAAUUUAAAGAAACUCAAACAAACUUGUAAUCUCUUGUCAGACUAUGUAGUUUGACCAAACACUGCCUUUUCUCAAAGAGGUAGUCUUAUCCUGGGACUAAUGUAAACAAUCUGGAAAUGAAUCUGACCAAGAACUAGAUAGAAACAUUAAUCCAAAUGACUAUGCCAAGUGUGUGAUAGGGUGUGAUUCCAUAUAACUCUAGAGCUGUUCAGCCUGUGUGAUGGAAGUUGUUAUUUUAAUCCAGUAAUAAAACUGAUCAAUUUUAA